UUGGAAAGGGUUCCUCACACUUACACCGAAGUUGUUUGUGUCCAUUCUGAAACUGCAAAUCCACACCAGAGAGGAGCCAUGAAGUGGACCUGGGUGUUUGUGGGAGUUUUGCUGUCCUUUGGGGGGUUCUCGCUCGGUAAAGACAGCUUGGAUUUCCCCGAGUACGACGGCAAAGACAGAGUCCACGACCUCCACGUCAAGAACUAUAAGUCUGUGAUGAAGAAGUAUGAAGUCAUGGUGGUGUACUACCAUGACCAUCCCGGAUCCAGCCGCGUCGCCCAGAAACAGUUUGAGAUCGAGGAGUUGUCCCUCGAGCUUGCAGCCCAGGUCCUAGAAGAGUUUGAUGAUGAGGACAUUGGAGUGGGACUCAUCGAUGCAAAGAUUGACAAGGCUUUAGCAAAAAAACUGGGCCUCGAGGAGUCCGACAGCAUCUUCAUCUUCACAGAUGACGAGGUCAUCGAGUACGAUGGAGAGCUCGCGGCAGACACUCUUGUGGAGUUCAUCUUUGAUCUCCUUGAAGAUCCCGUGGAAAUUAUUGACAACAGUAGGGAACUGAAAGGCUUUCAGAACAUCGAAGAGGACAUCAAAUUGGUGGGCUACUUUAAGAGUCACAAGUCAGAACAUUUUGAGGCUUUUGUCGAUGCUGCUGAAGAGUUCCAUCCACACAUCAAGUUCUAUGCAACAUUCAAUGCCAAGAUCGCCAAGGCUUUGGACCUCAAGCUUAAUGAGGUGGACUUCUAUGAACCCUUCAUGGAUGAUCCGGUUGUGAUCCCAGGAAAACCUUAUACUGAGGAUGAGCUGGUGAAAUUCAUUGAAGAAAAUGACAGGCCAACUCUGAGGAAGCUGCAGCCCCACAACAUGUAUGAAAUCUGGGAUGACCAUAUUGACGGCGAACACAUCAUCGCUUUUGCCGAGGAGUCUGAUCCAGACGGUUUUGAGUUCUUGGAGAUCCUGAAGCAAGUUGCCGAGGACAACACGGAACACCCUCACCUCAGUAUUGUCUGGAUUGACCCUGAUGACUUCCCCCUGCUUGUGCCUCACUGGGAGAAGAUUUUCGGAAUCGACCUGUCCUCCCCACAGAUCGGUGUUGUGGAAGCCGAUGAUGCUGACAGCGUGUGGAUGGACAUGGACGAUGAGGACAACAUGCCGUCUGUGGACGAACUGGAGGACUGGAUUGAGGAUGUUCUGUCAGGAGAAAUUGAUCCUGAUAAUGAUGACGACGACGAUGACGACAAUGAUGAUGACGACGACGAUGAUGAUGAUGAUGAUGAUGAUGAUGAUGAUGAUGAUGAUGACGAUGAUGAUGACGACGACGACGAUGAUGAUGAUGAUGACGACGACGAUGACGACGAUAAUUAAUAAAUUAGGACAUAAUGUAUCUAAAUCUGACCAAUGCAGUUUUAAAAUGCUAAUAGGAACAGCAAAUACAUCUGAAUCAUUCAUUUUCAUCU